AUGGAGGGAAGAAAGGCAUUUGGUUGGGCAGCCAAAGACACUUCUGGAAUUCUUUCUCCCUAUUCAUUCAAUCUAAGGAAAACAGGUUCAGAAGAUGUAGUGUUGAAGGUUUUGUACUGUGGAGUGGACCACACAGAUCUUCAUAAGAUGAGAAAUGAGAUUCACAGUACCAAUUACCCUUUGGUUCCUGGGCAUGAAGUGGUGGGAGAAGUGGUGGAGUUGGGUUCAGAGGUAAAGAAAUUUAGAGUUGGGGACUUGGUGGGAGUUGGGUGUAUAGUUGGGUCCUGUGGAGAAUGCCUGUCUUGCCAAUCCAACAUGGAGCAAUAUUGCCACAACAAAAUCUUCACUUUCAAUGAUACCAACAAAGAUGGAAGCCCCACAAGGGGAGGCUUCUCCUCUGCCAUGGUUGUUCAUCAAAGGUUUGUGGUUCGAAUACCCAAAAAGCUAGCACCGGAUCAGGCAGCUCCAUUGUUGUGUGCUGGGGUGACAGCUUACAGUCCCCUGAAGCAAUUCAUGGGUUCUAAUAAGGUUCUCAACGCAGGGAUAUUGGGUUUAGGAGGAGUUGGUCAUCUGGGUGUGUUAAUUGCGAAGGCAAUGGGUCACCAUGUGACUGUGAUAAGCUCUUCUGAUAAGAAGAGGGAAGAGGCCUUGGAAAUUUUAGGUGCAGAUGCUUUUCUGGUGAGCUCCAAUGCAGCUGAGAUGGAGGGAGCUGCUAAUAGCCUUGACUACAUUCUUGACACCGUGCCAGCUUUGCACCCGCUGCGAUCAUACCUUUCGCUGCUCAAGGUUGAUGGGAAACUCAUAAUAGUUGCUGCUGUACCUAAGCCUCUGCAGUUUGAUGCAGUUGACAUAAUUCUAGGGAAGAGGACGAUUACCGGGAGCUUCAUCGGCAGCAUGGAAGAAAAUCGGGAAAUAUUGGAGUUUUGGGCAGACAAGGGUUUGAAGUCUUUCAUAGAGACUGUAACGAUGGAUUAUGUUAACGAGGCAUUUGAGAGAAUGGAAAGGAAUGAUGUGAGGUUUAGGUUUGUCCUGGAUGUAGCUGGCAGUAACCUGGAAUGA